GAUUUGGAAGACCCUUGAUCGGUUUAUGGAGACUUAUUGGCAAUUUUUUUGACUAUUAAGCACCAAAAAAAAAAAAAAAAAUUUAAUAUUUACAACCACAAUUAGCAGAAGCGUGUCAACAAUGCAGCUAAGGGACUCUUGCCCCUUAGAUAAAAUAGAGUAAAAGUCUCAGUUUGGCCCGACCAUUGGGAGACUCCUUAGUAUCAUGUACUUGCCUCAGAACAACUCGUUGACCGUCAUUGCGGGCACCUCGAUGGCGCUAGGACUUGUGGUUGGACUUUGUUUGGUGUUUGCAGUGGAUUGCCCCGCAGUGGCCAUUUUCAUCACAUCGAUCUGUGUGUACCAUUUGAUGGAGUUUGUUCAAACGGCUCGUUUCCAACCAUCUCGAGUGAAAACGACCCUGUUUCUCAUUUGGGGGAAUCGUGGGAACCGUGAGUUUAUGAUGGUUCAACUCUUGAGUCUUUGGGAGUAUCUCUGGAGUCACAGUCGGUUUGCCCCCCACCAAGGUUAUCUCCCCUUACACCACCCCUUGGCCAUGGUAAUUGGAUGUCUAUGCAUUGUCCUGGGCCAAAGCUUGCGUUCCAUGGCCAUGGCCACUUGUGGGGAAUCAUUCUCACAUCUCGUGGAAACCACGGGAAACAGCUCGAACCGAUUGGUCACCACGGGGGUCUACUCCUUGACAAGACACCCAAGUUACCUUGGGUUUUGGCUCUGGGUUGUAGGCACCCAAUUGGUACUUGGCAACCAUAUCUGUCUUGUUGCAGGGUUGGUUGCACUCCAUUUCUUCUUUUCUCGAAGGAUAUCCUUUGAAGAAUGGUUCUUGGUGAACCGGAUCUAUGGACAACCGUAUGUUGAGUACAGUGAACGAGUUUGGGUCUGGAUCCCCUUUGUAUGGGUUCGGCUGACCCCAAGGGAGCGACCCACACGGAGCAGGUAGUCAGACUUUCCUCGUCAGAGGAACAAGAGCCUCCACGGCUAGUGGCCCACGGAGUGCCAGCGGAGCGGCUUGCUGUCCCGACAGGGAAUGGAGUGGCCACGCUCUACCGGGGGGGGGGGGGUCGAUGAGACGCUCCGCUGGCCCCUGCCCGGGGAGGGCCACUGCGUGGUGCCUAGCUCCUCUACGAGGAGACUGCUCGUAACCCCUCCAUUCCUCGUUAGAGGAACAGGAGCCUCCACGGCUAGUGGCCCACGGAGUGCCAGCGGAGCGGCUUGCUGCCCCGACAGGGAAUGGAGUUGACAACACCCUACGGGGUCUGUGAGACGCUCCGCUGGCCCCUGCCCGGGGAGGGCCACUGCGUGGUGCCUAGCUCCUCUACAAGGUCCCCACCCGCCUGCGAAGGCCCCCCUGAAGGUGCUACAAAUUCUUUAAAUAGUUCAUAACUUUCUUCAUUUAUUUAGUUUCUGGCGCUAGGGCCUCUACAACCUCGCGAGCCAUCGUACAUAUACAACUCCUUCCUUACUCACUA